UCUGCUCUCUUUCCAUAAGGCGUUUCCCAAUGAAAUGCCCACUGAGGAAGCGUCGAGUACCGACCGCCCUCACGAUUUCGUUACGACCUUGGUUCUGCUAGCGCCGCUGCUUCUGUCCGUCAUUGCGGUGCUCCUCUGGACUCUGGUCCACGCACCGGUAGACACCUCAUCCGAGUCCAGUCCUGAAGUGCCGCCCUUCUGCUGCCCCGAAGCCAUCCAAACGAUAAUCAUGCUGUCCAACCUGACGGUAGACCCUUGCAACAACUUCAUCAGCUACGCCUGCUACAAGAAGAGCGAGCUGGACCGCCAGGCGAUCGUGGAGCGCGCGCUCGCCUCGGCCGUGGUCCAUCCGACUCUGCAGGGCAAGCUGCGCUCGCCGGUCAGCGACAUCCUCAGGAUGCACCACGAGAGCUGCCUCGUCUCAGCCGUCAGAAAUCUGUUCACCGCCGAAAACGCAGUGCGAGCCGUCAUCGACCUCUUUCACCGCUGGUCGGGAACAUCUGCGAUCUCGCCGCAUGCCGCGGACCUGCUCAAGCUCGUCGGUCUGUUACACUUCCGGUACUACAUCUACAGCAUCUUUAGAACUAACAUUCUUUUACGGCGUGGAAGCAACGAAAUGAUCUACUUCAUCGGCGCUGUAACCGCGCCAUACAUACUGACCACCGGCUCUAAGGAUUCGAUGAAGUUCAGGAACGUCAUGUUCGAGGCCGCGAACAGUUAUACUGGUCUAAAUGUUACUCGCGCAGCCCUGAUGACUCUGAUCACCCGACUAAGAAACGCGCGCAAACUUUUCGAAGAGAGAAUCUACGGCGGGAAAUUGACCUUCCUGGACGAAGUGUUUCCCAAUGCAGACAUGUCCUCAUGGAAGGUAAUUCUGAGGACGUUCCCACUGAUUCGAAUUGAGGAUCCCCCCAAUCUCGCGGCCAUCGUAGAAGUACUCACGGACAAGGACGCGUCCGUCCAGGCCGCGGCGCUCAUCUACUUCUCUGUGCACACGGCGUGGCUCGUGUUUCGCGAAGAAGUCAUAAAUACGGAGGUGGCACCGAGUCUUGUGGCUCGGGCGUCUUUCUGCAGCAAGCGGAUCGUGCAACUGUUUUCGCUUUGGGACGUGUUGUUAACGCAGCAGAUGACUAGUCCAGACCGAGAUGCGGUCGUGCUACAGCUAUUCGAAAAAGUCGCUGAUGCCGUGCUUGCGGACGCUCAAACCACCUUCUCCGCACACCUCAACUCGAGCGAGGUUCGCAGAGUGGUGCGAGGCGUUCGCGUCGUGUUGGCCGUGGACAUGACAGCGCCAUACUCUCACCAUCUGCCCGACGCCAGCGAUAACUACUUUGAAAAUGCCAUGGAGAUCCGCGAUUUCUAUUUCCAGGUGCGACGCAUGAACGCUGCGCGCGGCCUCGUAGAGCUGCACAGGUUCCGAGAAAACUUGUUCCAAGCGUUCGUCAGCAGAGCGGGCAACAGUAUCGUCAUCUCGGCCGCCGUGUAUGCGCUCCUGAACUUCAACGUCACCCACAGAGGAAACCGUAGCCGAAUCAACGGCGCCAUUGUCAACAAUGCCGCUGUGCUGGGAAUCCUACUGGCCGACGCUCUCUGGGACGCGCUGGUCGAGCGAGCACACUUGGAUAUCAAGACCAGUGAGCACCUGUCAGAUCACGUGUCCUGCACGAAAGUGAUCUUCGGACGCGCGUUGGCCCCUAAUCUGAAGCACCCCCUGCUAUCGCUGCGAUCGACGGCCCGCAUCGUCGCCACUCCGGGCUGGCACCGGAGGGAGCCGGCGUUCGGCUUUCACAGGUUUUCGGCCAGUCAAAUAUUUUUCAUGCUUUUCGCCCUGCACCACUCGUGCCAGACUCUCAGCUCGAACGACGACGACUUCGGGCUAAGAUUGUCGACGUCCAUUCGGCACCUGGAAGAGUUUCGCGAGGCCUUCGGUUGCGCGUCGCAGCGGGAGGUCAACUGGGCGACUGUCUGUGAAGAAGAACCGGAAGACUGACUCACCGGGUUCCUUGUCCCGCCUGUUGCGUACGCGCGGAUGUGUGGCACGAAAGCUGGGCUUUUAGUCAGGGUGCGCUGUAUUCUGCUUAAUUGAUAGUUCCCACAUAUUGGCGCACUUUAGGUAUGUGUACUCUGAAACUAACUUGAACUAAGAUAUAUAGGAGUCACGAUUUCAACGUGAUUCUUGUCUGCCACGUUAUAUAGCUGCUUUGUUAUUGUGCACCUGCACUGUCGAACACCAACACUGCUAGCUGAAUGCGGUGAACGCGGGUGACACCUUUAAUUUUGCAUUUUCGAAUAAGCCAAUUUCGUCACUAUUGUUUUGCAUUCUUCCAGUUAUUUCUUGCCAUUUUCAUGAACGUCAGUGUUUUAGAAUGAGGACGGCAGUGGUGUCUUGCUCUGAUCGCCAGCCGCCGUUUAAUGUAUGGCCAACCAAGAUGCGACAACGUCGUAGGCUGGCCCCAGCUGCUAGAGUUGUGCCUCUUUGAAUCCUCUGUUAUGCAGCUGUUUGAUAGCCACUGGCACGUUGCGCGAUGCUUAGUCAUGUACCUGUAGUUUUCCUUAAAACGCGUGCCGUUUAGUACUUUGCCGUUUCCAGUCGUUU